GACACCAUGGAGCUCUCCCCGUCGUCCGGAGGAGCCGCGGAGGCGCUGUCGUGGCCGGAGAUGUUCUCGGGGCUGGAGUCUGACUCGCCGCUGCCCCCGGAGGAUCUGGACGCGGUCGUCCCCGUCAGCGGGGCAGUGGCCGGUGGCAUGCUGGAUCGGAUCCUUCUGGAGUCGGUGUGUCAGCAGCAGAGCUGGGUCCGGGUGUACGAUGUAAAAGGACCACCCACCCAUCGUCUGUCGUGUGGUCAGUCACCCUACAUUGAGACAACAUCAUGGGAGAGGAAGUACUGCAUCCUCACAGACAGCCAGUUGGUGUUGCUCAACAAGGAGAAGGAGAUACCCAUGGAAGGACAGGAGCAACAGACAGAUUCCACCAAAGGGCGGUGCCUGAGGAGAACUGUCAGUGUCCCUUCCGAGGGUCAGUUUCCUGAGUACCCACCAGAGGGCACCGCUAAACUAGAGGUGCCAGCAGAAAGGUCCCCCCGCAGACGGAGCAUCUCAGGGACCAGCACAUCAGAGAAACCCAACUCCAUGGACACUGCGAAUACCUCCCCUUUCAAAGUACCAGGAUUCUUCAGCAAGCGCCUGAAAGGUUCCAUCAAGAGGACCAAAAGCCAGUCAAAGCUUGACAGAAACACAAGCUUUCGACUUCCAUCCCUUCGAAAUGCAGAUGACAGGUCUCGUGGUCUGCCUAAACUGAAAGAGUCUCGUUCACAUGAGUCCCUGCUGAGCCCCUGCAGCGCCGUGGAAUGUCUGGAUCUCGGUAGAGGAGAGCCAGUGUCAGUGAAACCACUCCAUAGUAGCAUCCUUGGACAGGACUUCUGCUUUGAGGUCACCUACUUAAGUGGAAGUAAAUGCUUUAGCUGUAACUCUGCCUCAGAGAGAGAUAAGUGGAUGGAAAACCUUCGAAGGACCGUUCAGCCAAAUAAGGACAAUUGUCGGCGAGCUGAAAAUGUCCUCCGUUUAUGGAUCAUUGAAGCCAAGGACCUUGCCCCUAAAAAAAAAUAUUUCUGCGAACUGUGCCUUGAUGAUACCCUCUUUGCUCGUACAACCAGCAAGACCAAAGCAGACAAUAUUUUCUGGGGUGAACAUUUUGAGUUCUAUAGCCUUCCACCUCUCCAUAGCAUCACAGUUCACAUUUAUAAGGAUGUGGAAAAAAAGAAAAAAAAGGACAAGAAUAAUUAUGUAGGGCUAGUCAACAUCCCCACUGCCAGUGUGACUGGUCGCCAGUUUGUAGAAAAAUGGUACCCAGUGAGUACACCCACACCCAACAAAGGAAAGACAGGAGGACCUUCUAUUCGGAUUAAGUCACGUUUCCAAACUAUCACCAUUCUGCCUAUGGAGCAAUACAAAGAAUUUGCAGAAUUCAUCACCAGCAACUACACCAUGCUGUGUUCAGUUCUUGAGCCAGUAAUUAGUGUGAGGAAUAAAGAGGAGUUGGCUUGUGCCUUAGUACACAUUCUUCAGAGUACUGGCAGAGCCAAGGAUUUUCUGACUGACUUGGUGAUGUCUGAGGUGGAUCGUUGUGGAGAGCAUGAUGUCUUGAUCUUCAGAGAAAACACCAUUGCCACUAAAUCCAUUGAGGAAUACCUCAAGUUGGUAGGACAACAGUACCUCCAUGAUGCACUGGGGGAGUUCAUCAAAGCCUUGUAUGAAUCAGAUGAGAACUGUGAAGUGGAUCCCAGCAAGUGUUCUUCUAGUGAACUGAUAGACCACCAGAGCAACCUGAAAAUGUGCUGUGAGUUGGCUUUCUGCAAGAUCAUCAACUCAUACUGUGUUUUCCCUCGCGAGUUGAAAGAAGUGUUUGCAUCAUGGAAGCAGCAGUGCCUGACCCGAGGCAAGCAAGACAUCAGUGAGCGGCUCAUUAGUGCCUCACUGUUUCUCCGCUUCCUCUGCCCAGCCAUCAUGUCUCCCAGCCUCUUCAGCCUGAUGCAGGAGUAUCCUGAUGACCGCACAUCUCGGACUCUAACUCUUAUUGCCAAGGUCAUUCAGAACCUGGCCAACUUUGCCAAGUUUGGUAACAAAGAGGAAUACAUGGCAUUCAUGAAUGAUUUUUUAGAACAUGAAUGGGGUGGAAUGAAGCGGUUCCUUUUGGAGAUCUCUAAUCCAGACACCAUCUCAAACACCCCAGGCUUUGAUGGUUACAUUGAUCUGGGCAGAGAGCUGUCAGUUUUGCAUUCCUUACUAUGGGAAGUAGUUUCCCAACUUGAUAAGGGUGAAAAUUCCUUCCUACAGGCAACUGUGGCAAAACUGGGGCCUCUCCCUCGUGUUCUUGCUGAUAUCACCAAGUCCCUGACUAACCCUACACCAAUACAGCAGCAGCUGAGACGCUUUGCUGAGCACAGCUCCAGUCCGAAUGUCAGUGGAAGCCUCUCCUCUGGGCUGCAGAAAAUAUUUGAAGACCCCACUGACAGUGAUUUGCAUAAACUAAAAUCUCCAAGCCAGGAGAACACAGACAGCUAUUUCAGAGGGAAAACGUUAUUGUUGGUUCAGCAAGCCUCCUCCCAGAGCAUGACUUACUCUGAAAAGGAUGAAAAGGAAAGCAGCCUUCCUAAUGGUCGGAGCAUCUCCCUCAUGGACCUCCAGGACACUCAUGCUGCUCAGGUGGAGCAUGCAUCUGUCAUGCUUGAUGUGCCUAUGCGCCUUGCAGGAAGCCAGCUGUCUAUAACCCAGGUGGCUAGCAUCAAACAACUUCGGGAAACCCAGAGCACUCCCCAGAGUGCACCUCAAGUGAGAAGACCCCUGCACCCAGCCUUGAACCAGCCAGGAAGUCUCCAGCCCUUGUCAUUCCAGAACCCUGUCUAUCACCUCAACAACCCAGUCCCAGCAAUGCCAAAGGCCUCUGUAGAUUCUAGUUUGGAGAACCUAAGCACUGCCAGUUCUAGAAGCCAAAGCAAUAGUGAAGACUUCAAACUCAGUGGACCCAGCAAUAGCAGCAUGGAAGAUUUCACCAAAAGAAGCACGCACAGUGAAGACUUCUCCAGGCGGCACACUGUACCAGACAGACACAUACCUCUUGCUCUGCCACGACAAAACAGUACUGGGCAGUCCCAAAUCCGAAAAAUGGACCAGGCUGGGUUAGGUGCCCGAGCCAAAGCACCCCCAUCCCUGCCACACAGUGCUUCCUUACGUAGCACAGGGAGCGUGUCAGUGGCCUCUGCAGCCCUAGUGGCUGAACCUGUGCAGAAUGGGAGCCGAUCCAGACAGCAGUCCUCUUCCUCCAGAGAGAGCCCUGUUCCCAAAGUGAGAGCAAUCCAGAGACAACAGACACAGCAGGUUCAGUCACCUGUGGAUUCUGCCACAAUGUCUCCAGUAGAAAGGACAGCAGCCUGGGUUCUGAACAAUGGACAGUAUGAAGAGGAUGUGGAAGAAACCGAACAAAAUCAAGAUGAAGCCAAGCAUGCUGAGAAGUAUGAACAGGAAAUUAGCAAACUGAAGGAGCGCCUACGAGUGUCCAGCCGGCGCCUAGAGGAGUACGAGCGCCGGCUUCUGGUGCAGGAGCAGCAGAUGCAGAAGCUGCUGCUGGAGUACAAGGCCCGGCUGGAAGACAGUGAGGAGCGGCUACGCAGACAGCAGGAGGAGAAGGACAGCCAGAUGAAAAGCAUCAUCAGCAGGCUAAUGGCUGUGGAAGAGGAAUUGAAAAAGGAUCAUGCUGAGAUGCAAGCAGUUAUUGAUGCAAAGCAGAAAAUAAUUGAUGCACAGGAAAAGCGGAUCGUGUCCCUGGAUUCAGCCAACACAAGACUGAUGAGCGCGCUGACUCAAGUGAAGGAGCGGUACAGCAUGCAGGUCCGCAAUGGCAUCUCUCCCACCAACCCCACCAAGCUUUCCAUCACGGAGAAUGGUGAAUUCAAGAACAGCAGCUGCUGAUGGCCUUGGUGAAUACAGACUGUGGGAGGAGACAGAAGGAAGCUGCCCAGCUCUCCUAUCCCAGCCCUUUACCCUCCAGGUUUACAGAAUGUUGCUUCAAAUAGCAGUGUGUUGAGAAACUCUGAAAUGAAGAAAGAAACCUUGUCUUUCAGGGCAUAAAGCAAAGACUCCCAAUGUCGAUGCUUUCCCCAGUGUCUCUAUGUGCAUAGGGAACUUAGUUCUGGGCCAUGUACAAAAGUACCACUGUAAUAUACCAAAAGGAAGUUAAUAAUGUAGAUUACCUUUUUAAUUAUUACUAUUUUAUUAUUGU